AUGAUGUGUAAAAGUGUUGUGAAACAAAAAAAUAAUGACCUUAAGUUCAUUCCAUACGUUGCUCCAAAAGUCUCAAAGGAAGCUGUUAGUUCUACACCAGCUCCUUCGUCUUCUUUAACCUCAACUUCUGUUCUCACCAACCUUGGUUUAGAAAUUGUUCAAGAAGCUUUUGGCUCUUUACCAGAAAAAACAAUGAACGAAGAUUGUUGUGA